AACAAAAAUUGUCACCUAAAUAAUGAUGACUGUCUGGACUCGAAAGACGACACAACCACGCCACUGCUCGACCAACAGCCCUAUCCAAGGUAAGUGCCGGACCCUCCUCAUUUUAUUGGCUUUCAUGUUACUUUCAAUCUGUCUUUACACCUAAUUCAAGUAAUUAGUGUGUUAAUCUAUGCACUGUAAGCUGUUUUCUUUUCUGGCAGUACAGAUCAAUAGCUACCUUUGGUUUCUACACUGCAUUUUUUUUAUUAUUAGAGACCGAAAAAUCCCUAUCUCUCCAGCUCCAGUCAUUUUUUAAGCACACGUUCCAGUCCAGUGAUAAUUGCAACAGUACUAAAUGUCUUCAAUAACCCUACCAAUUGUUCAAACCGAAGAACAAACAUUAGAUAUAUAUGCACCGGGAAAUCAAUUUUAGAGCCGUUAGCGUGUCACACAGAGUAUCUCCAUUCGGAGGUGGUAAUUGCGCAUUGCAGGUUGUACCAUUGAUUUUGGGCUCUUUCUCUGUUACUUGUGUGUAGUCUGUACAUGUAACUGUUUCAGUUAAAACAAAUUUGCCACUAAAAAUAACGCAAACAAACCCUAUUCUGAAAUCCUUACGAAUCCUUUAUCACUAGGGCUUGUAGAGUAGUACCAGCUAAAAAACACCUGGGAUUAUUGUUAUGUGGAGGAGAGAUCAAUCAGAAUUUCUCCAAAGGUGGAAAGGUUCAAUUAAAUUAUGCUAAGCUAGCAGGAGGAAUGUGUGAAUUAUUUAUACAUACAGGCAUCAGCUCAGCCCCGAUAGCAGAGGCUUGCAAUUAGUGACAAGAGGAGACUCCCAUCCUUAGAUUAUCAUUCACAGAUACCAAAGAGAAUGUAAACAUUAACGAUGUGAGCGGAGUGUACCAUUACUGAUUUUCUGGUGUGCAUUGGUGUACUAGCCGAGUCGAUGUGGAAAGAUGUAUCUCGUUCAAUCUCUGUUGGAAAUGUAAGAGGACAGAGUAGGAAUGGUAUACAUCACAUCACUGAUUGUGUCACCGCUGCUGCUGCUGGUUUUAACAAAGCUGUGCACUAAAAUGACGUGAGCUGCUUGAAAUUUCGUGUGUUAUAUCGAGGAUUUAUAUUCUCGGUAAUCUGCUACUCGACUUGGCACACAGAUCACAUGCUGAAAUUAUUAUGGCAACCCUGGUGUCCGCCAUUUUGGAAACAUUGUCCUAUCCAAAGCCUUCCGAUGAUGACGACGGAAUGGGUCCACAGGGACACGGCAGUGAUUAUGAGUGCUGUGAACGAGUGGUGAUAAACGUCAGUGGUCUCCGGUUCGAAACUCAACUGAAAACUCUCAACCAGUUUCCAGAGACACUAUUAGGUAACCCACAAAAACGAAACCGUUACUAUGACCCGCUUCGAAAUGAGUACUUUUUCGACAGGAAUCGGCCUUGUUUCGAUGCAAUUCUAUACUAUUACCAAAGUGGGGGCAGACUCCGUAGGCCUGUUAAUGUUCCUCUGGAUGUCUUUUCGGAGGAAAUGAAAUUUUAUGAACUUGGUGAACAUGCAAUUGAAAAAUUCAGGGAAGAUGAAGGAUUUAUUAAGGAGGAAGAAAGACCUUUACCUCAGAAUGAAUUCCAAAGACGGGUAUGGCUUCUAUUUGAGUACCCAGAAAGCUCAACCGCAGCCCGACUGAUAGCUAUCUUUUCAGUGCUAGUGAUCCUUUUAUCCAUUGUGAUCUUUUGCUUAGAAACAUUACCAGAAUUCAAACAUUACAGGUUAGUUAACCAAACAGCAGGAUCAAAUACCUCAGAAAAGAUAGAGGAAGAUGAUAUUCCCAAGUUCAAUGAGCCAUUUUUCAUCAUAGAAACAUGUUGUAUUAUAUGGUUCACAUUUGAAUUGCUUGUACGUUACGCUUCCUGUCCCAACAAGCUGUGUUUCUUCAAAAAUAUUAUGAAUUUCAUUGAUAUCGUGGCAAUCAUUCCAUACUUUAUUACGCUUGGUACGGUGAUCGCAGAUGAGAGCAAAAGCAAUAACCAGGCAAUGUCGUUAGCCAUUUUGAGGGUCAUAAGAUUAGUUAGGGUUUUCAGAAUAUUUAAAUUAUCAAGGCAUUCUAAAGGUCUUCAAAUCUUGGGACAGACAUUAAAGGCCAGUAUGAGAGAACUUGGACUGCUCAUUUUCUUCCUUUUUAUUGGUGUUAUUUUGUUCUCAAGUGCGGUAUACUUUGCUGAAGCUGAUGCAGAACUGAGUCAUUUUCGAAGUAUACCGGACGCAUUCUGGUGGGCUGUUGUCACUAUGACGACAGUUGGAUAUGGUGACAUGCGGCCUAUAGGAGUGUGGGGUAAACUCGUGGGUUCAUUGUGUGCCAUUGCCGGUGUGUUGACCAUUGCAUUGCCAGUGCCUGUCAUUGUGUCCAACUUUAAUUACUUUUAUCAUAGAGAAACAGAAGGAGAUGACAAGUCCUCAUACCAUCAUGUACAAUCCUGUCCAAACUUUUCAAACAGCAAGAAGAAUUCACUGGCUUCUAAUUAUAGUGGCUCUGACAAUAUGAUGGAAAUGGAAGAAGGUAGUAGCUUCAAUCUGAGCAACGACCGACCAAAAGAGAACCAUACCAGCAAAGUGAACAAUCCUUCCAGCAUAAAUAACCUAAGUAUUGAAACGGAUGUUUGACUAAAGCAACACCUUAUAUUUUUCGGACAUUGUGAUGAAAAGAAACCAUCGUUGUAAAUGCAUGGUGAACAUUGUCAAGGUGCGAACAGUAUAUAAUUGUAUAUAUAUAUUUAAUAUAUAUGUAUAUAUAUAUGGUCUCCAUACUAGAAGUGAAUAAUAGUGACAAGAAAUGACAAUCUACUUUCAAAAUGAAAUUCUACGGAGUGAAUUGACAUUGGACGUCUGGACUUGUGAUAUUAGGAAAGACAGAGAAACUCCUCAAAGAACUUAUCACUGUAUGUGGUAGCAUGUGAAGUCAGUGACAUAAAGGAUAAUUCGUUGUGGAAGACUGGAUUAACUGAAGGACGAAGAACUUGAAAACCAUCACUAAAAAACAACGGUGUGAAUUCAAAAACAAACUAUAUCCAAAUUACGUGAUAUUUUUAUUUGUGAUGUUGACAUUUGACCAAAGUGUAUUCGUUCCAUUCAGUAGCCUUUUCAAUGAUGUGUGUUUUUAUGGAAGUUUAACAGCUUCACAUGGAUUUAAAGAUGUGAGAAUCUUGUCAUGGAGACAUUUUACUGUGGAAGACCUGUUUUGUGAACGCUAAACGAUGUUGGACUGGUCAUCAUUUGACUUGCGAUGAUACACCAUGAACAAAAAACCAAUCUGUUACCAUUCCUAUACCCCUCCCUCCCUCCGUUCCAGAGUGGAGAAUGACGUACAUGACAUUUGCACUACCGAGGGAAACAAACCCUGUCUCCUUACUCCGGAGGUUGCUGCAUAUGUAUAUGUAUAGAUAUAUAUACAUACGUGGAAAAACUUGCAACACCAUUAACGAUUGCAAAUGGCCUCCUGAGGAGACGCAUCCGAAUCAUUGGUGGAACAAUAUAUGUAUGUGCACUGCAAGCCUGCAACCAAGAUACAGUGAUUUUUUUUAUUGUUAUAUUCCCCAACGUGAUAUUAAUUAGCUAUCAUUACUCAUCAUCAUUUCCAUGUGGAGAUCCCAGCCUGCGAUCAGAACAACUGUUCUAAUCUCGGAACACUUGCCAACCAUCUUUCCCGUGUGAUAUAUAUCAGAUACCGUAAUGACUCCUAGAAGAGUGUGAAUGACGCAGAUUUCAUUGUUUACAUUUUGAAAGAUGCUGUGUCAUUUUGGAUUAAAGUUAUAUGGAUUAAUAUAAAAUACACAGAAGUAAAACAACGUAAUGAGAUUCCAAUCGGAGGUGUGUUUGAGAUCGUCGAAGACAUCAACUUUCCAAAACCGGAUAUUAAACCAAGAAAUUGAAUAGAAUGUUUUGACAAGUUGAAAUAUACAUUGUCAUUAAGAAUUAGGGAUUCAAGCUGGGAUGUAUACUAUUCUAAACAGAGAAAACUGAGUGCUGAAGAAAUGUGCUUCCCAAUCGAAGAUCUUAUGAAAAUGUAACAUAUAUAUUACAUUAAUAUAUAUCGUGUAUUUGUAUAUAGAUAUUUUAGACUGCAAGAACAGUCAAUCGAUUCCAUUCUUCAUAAAUAUAGGGGGGGAAACACCAAAAACAGUUGUACCAUAUAUAUAUAUAUAAAUAGCAUCUUUAUUGCACAUAUUAAGGAUAGUGGAAAUUGAUGCACUAUAUAAAUCUAUGCAGUUUUUUUUAAAUUUUGGUAUCUUAAUGCAUUAUUGAUAAUCUUAUGUCUGAAUUACAGGCGAAAUAUGACGUUUCAAGAUAUUUUUUUCCUGCAUUUUUUUUUUUCCUUCAAAGAACCACUCAGUUAGUUUCGUGGAUCAGGAGUAUAAUUCAAAUACAAAGUUAAAAUUCCCAUUUGCCGCAAAGAUUCUUUAUGCUAGAACAUGGAAGUACAGCGAAGGAACAAAAAUGCAAUGAUGACAACAGUAUACGAACAAGAUCUUCGCACCUAUGGAUCAACAGUUUCGUCAUUUCAUCAAAGUGAUAUAAAGGCAGAGACUGGUAUGAUGUUCCAAGGAGACAGCUGGCAAACAAUUCAACUACCCUCAUCAGACUGCACCACCAAGUUAAAGCGGGCAACAGGACGACAACACUGGACUCUGGACUGGACACAAGUGGACUCUGGACUGGACACAAGUGGACUCUGGACUGGACACAAGUGGACAAUGGUUUGGAUUCAUCUUGACUCCUAAAAGAUUUUAUCAUUAGACAAGGAAAUUGAAACAUCUCAGCAAUCAUCGACACAAAAAACAGUCAACACAAAUCUAGAUAAACUUAUUAUGGACUAAAAAGGGACAUCUUGGUCUCUUUGCAGGACAACAGGAACAACACACUCAACCACACCUGGAUAUAUGUGUGUGACAAAGAACGAGUAACGUGCACAAUGAAAAUGUACCAAAAUUAUUUGGAACAUUUCUACAAUAUUUGUCACACGUGAAAUAAGAUGGCAAGAUAAUCUUGUUCCUGGAUUGUGUUAUAACAUCUGUGUGCUUUGAUAUCUUAGAUAACAAGUCUAUGGGGCAGCACCUAUGCUAGCUAGAAUUGUUUCAGCAAAAAAAAAAAGGAUGUAAUGAAAUAAAAAGUUCAGUGGAGUAUAAUUAACACACUGAAAACAAAAUUCAUAGCUACUUCCUUAACUGUCCAGUGCAAGAGUUAUGUCCCCUUGUGAAAUAUUAAUGCUUUGGAAAUGCAUCAAGCUUUCUUUACAAUUUUCUUUUAAAAAAGGAUGCUGGGAAAAAAAGCUUCUCUAGGCUAUUUUAAGAAUUCAGUGCUAGAUAAAAUACAGAUUGUGCUUCACUGAAAAAGGAUUAUCAAGAUUACUGUCAGGAUGGUUGUCUAUUUUACUACAACAGAAAGUGAUGAUGAUGACAUCGAAGACAACGCCAGCAAUGAGGUUACAGAUGAUUGGUCUUACCGAUGCAUUAAUGCAUGACAUGGACGAGUGUGUAUGUGUAACAAGGUGUUUCCCGUUCCUGCGGAGCAUGCAUGUAUGUGUACUAUGAGUAACCAGGUUAUGGCUAUGGGUAUACACAGCACUCAAGCUAGGUACCUCUCUAUCUGUGUCUGCAUACCAGGUCUGCCAAACCUUUGAUGCUAAUGAAAAAAAUAGGUUGGUGGGGGAGGAAAGUGGGGCCUGGAAGGGGUAAUGGCAGAGGUUGUUGGACAGAAGUGGGCUGGGGGGGAGGAAAAAUAAAUUUGACAAGUUUCAAGCUCAAAUUUUGUGAUAGUUGUUUAAAAAAUUUCAUUACUGUUUCAAACACAGUACUCUUUUAGAAAUAAUUAGGUAAAAAAAUAUAAAUACAUGUUUAUAGCUUGUGACUUGAUAGCCUGAAGCCUAUGUUGGUGCUGUGUACACAUGCAAGGAUGCCACUCCACAAUGUAAAUCGGUGUCAACUGUAAAGGCAUAACAAGAGGGGUGACUGGGUAUUACACUUCACUGGUAGAGAGGAAGACGGACCGGGUCAUAUCGUAUGUGCUGGAGUGUGUGCUACAUAGCUAUCAUAAUAAUGCUAGUAGUACAGUACCUGUAUGCCCAAAAAUGGUGACUAGGCUAGGAGUUUGUUGAAAUGGAACAUAUUCUGAUAGGCUAUAAACACAAGGGCUGUGAGACUUUUCUGAAAUGGAACAUAGACUGUGGAGUAUGGUGUUGACGACCCUGUAUUAGAUAUGGGGCUAUAUAAAACGUUCGGUUUGAUUGCUCAAGGAAAGAAUGACAUCAAGGUAACACAACCUGAUGUUACCAGUGUUUUGUAAAGGUAGCUUAUAAAUAAUGUGUGUGCAGAAUUAGGAGGUCAUAAAAUUAUUAUGACUUGUCAAGAGAGCGAAAGAAUGAAAAAACGGGGAAAAUUUUAUAUAGAAAUAUGUUAUUUGUCGCAUGUAUGUGAAAUGUGAUCUCACCAUAGAGAUCAAAACAAAGCGUUCUAGCAAAAUACUUUGUUAUGGAUACCGAGAGAAGGUGUCGCUCGGAGCAAAUGUUACUGGAAAAACUGUUACGAUAUGAGGGUGUUGCUGUAUCACUGUUUCUUUUUCAUUUUUUCAUUUUUUUUUUCCCCUCAUGAAUUGAAUGGCGAAUGUGUUACGUUGUGUAGAAUGCAGGAUGUAUAUAUUCUUUUCCAGUAUAUAUAUACAAUAUAUAAAUAUUAUAUAUAUAUAAAGACAUGUUAACGUGAAAUUUACCAGAGAGGGUUUGUUUGUUUCUUUCAAUUAUUCCACGGUAUGACUGUAAUAUUGCCUGCGGAUGUUGCGUGGACGAAAUCGUGUGAUAUAAAUGUUACGAUAUAAUUACCUCCAUAAUUUCCUUUUUAUUAUUCAUUUACCUGGUAUACUCCUUCACUGAACUACAAAUUCAACUCGGUUGUAAGGCUCGGCAAAGAUCCUAAACACAAUGUCAAUUCUAACAUAGGGUAAACAUUAAGGUUAAAAGGGUUCUAGGCCGAAAACUAGCCAGUCAGUAGUUUUUACAUCAAUUGUUCAACUUUCCUGAUUAUUAUAAAUAAUGCUGAUGAAAUACAGAAUCACACAUUUAUAAUCAUCUCAUUGAUAUCCCAUUUACUUUAUUUUAUAGAACGUAGAGUUGGA